CAUAGUAUCCAUUCAGUGUCGACGACGUCAUCUUCGCUGGAAGCAGCAGAACGCAGACAGAAAUAUACGAUAUGGUGGAAUUAUAAUGCCAUUUGGUAUAUAACGGGCAUCGAGCCGGGCAGGCAGUGGGUGAUUCUGCCAUCGCACAUUCCUGAUGUCGGAACGAGACGGAAGAGAUGAAACAAAAUCAGCACACCACCACACAUAGUCAGCGCCCUCAACGGAGAGGAGGAGUUAGCCGUUGAUGUUGGCGCUGCUGCUGCUGCUGCUACUGUUGCUGUUGCGGCUUAUGGCAAACGUAAAAAAUGUGGAAUUUCGACAUCAAGUAGGACGAAUCAUAAAUUCUCCUAUUGCAUGCGUUUUCCCGCGCGCGCUCUGAUCUCCGGGAAACGACGAUGAUGAUGGUGCGGUGAUGUACGGCAGCAGCAGCAGCAUCGGUUUAGGCGAGGGUUCCGUGGGCUUCCUCACAUGACGACAUGGUUGUUGUUAUCGAAUUAACGGAGUGAUUUUUAGUCGCCGGACGGAUCUCGAGAAGUGCGCGUACGGAAUUUAUCUGCUGCUACCGAGCGGAUCCAGUUGCAGUCCAGUGCUUGGGUCAACGCAGCUGAACAAAAAGUUCAAGUGCUGCUAAGCGCGAUAGAAGAGCGUGAGCUACCACCGCGUAUGCAGAAAAAGUGCAAUCAUUUAGCGCGGGGAAAAAAUCGCACCUGCAACGUUUGGCAAGAACUAGCCCGCUGACCUUCUGCCGGGACGACGUCGUUGGUGAUGUGGCCGUAGCCGUAUCGAUAUACCACCAAGAGGACAAGUGCAAAGUUAAUUGAAUUUUUUCGGUGGUGCAUCGUAGUCGUUUGGUGGAUGCACUUUCCACGAAGCUUUUUACUCCGUUCGUGUGAUACUCAGUGACGGUCAGUGCAGUGGAUGAGCCAUCUUCAAUUAAUGUGUGCAAUUGGAAAGGAUUAACGUGUGACGUGUGCGUGUGAGUGCCUUUUGUAUCUAACGACGAGGAAAAAAGGUCGAACGCUGCUGUUGUGUUCGAUAGCGAGGUGCAACCGUCAGAUAUCAAAUGCGAUAAUUUCGUUCAGUAAUUCGGAUUGCCAGGAAAAAAGUGUCGCGUUCUAGUGGUGCAGCUACAACAAGUGGAUGUUUUCCUUUCGCAAUAUGGAGGGAUCGACGGUUUUGCAGGACUCCAAACAAGGUUUCAACAAGACAUCGAUUGCCGAUUUCUACGACAAAUUGGAAAAGGACGAAAAUGGCCUUCAGAGUGGGCGAGGUUUUGGCAUCCCAGACGACACAAACCAUUCGGCGUUGGCGCGGGCGGAAAAUGGACUUUCGGGGAAAACAGACCAUCGAGGCUCGCCCAUAUCGUGCUACUCUCCACAGAGUCGACUGCUGCCUUGGCCUUCCCAGCAUCUGACUCCUGUUAGCGAGAGCGGUAGUGUCAGUGCUCGGAAGGCGCAAAACCUUGGCCUGAUUUGUGUGGUUUGCGGUGAUACCAGUUCCGGGAAACACUACGGAAUCCUUGCCUGCAAUGGGUGUUCUGGAUUCUUCAAACGCAGCGUUCGCAGAAAACUAAUCUACAGGUGCCAAGCUGGAACCGGUAACUGUACGGUGGACAAGGCGCACCGGAAUCAGUGUCAGGCAUGUCGGUUGAAGAAGUGUCUUAACAUGGGAAUGAAUAAGGACGCGGUCCAAAAUGAGCGUCAACCACGUAAUACGGCAACAAUCAGACCGGAGGCGCUGCGUGAUAUGGAACAAGGACGUGCCCUACGGGAAGCUGCGGUCGCGGUUGGCGUUUUCGGCCCGCCGGUGUCGCUCGCCUUGCUGUCACCUUCCCGCUAUGGCCCCAGCAUACUUCCAGCUCCAGCCCUGCCCACCAGCCAGUUCCUGCACCAUCACAGUCAAGUUUCAUCCCUAGUCAACAGCUUACCGCAUCACCACCCACACCACCCCCACCACGCUAUGCACGGCCUCGCCAACGGUCUAUCCUUGGGGCUGAACGGAGUCAGCGUAGCGAGUCACAAUGCGUCGGCAGCGGCAGCAGCAGCGGCCAUCGUGAGCGCCAACAGUAACAACAAUAACAACAACAACAGUCCCCUAGUUAGCAACAACAACCUAAGUUCGACGGAGAAUCUCAACGCCACCCAGUCAUCCAAUCACUCCAAUACGAGCGAACAGCACUCGCCCAGCGGGGCGGGAUCUCCAGUGCAUCAAAACUCGAACGGAGGCUGCCCCAACAGUGCCGGUGGAGGUGGUGGUGGUGGCGCCGGUCAGGAGAACUCUUCGGUCAAACAGCACACCCACAGCACUUCCUCGUGUGGGUCAGCAAGCCCGAUCCUUCAGGAGGACACCGGCAACGAUAACGAUGAUGAUUCGAUAGACGUAACAAAUGAUGAGGACACGGAACCCGUGCAGAGCAAUGUUACCAUUCCGAGUUUGGUAAAUCACCCACUUUAUGGUCAGAGUCCGAUGUUCAACUUUCAGGAAACGAUUUACGAAACCAGCGCCAGACUUCUUUUCAUGGCCGUAAAAUGGGCCAAAAACCUACCAAGUUUUGCCAGUUUAACUUUUAGAGAUCAGGUAAUACUGUUAGAAGAAUCAUGGUCGGAGUUAUUCCUGCUGAAUGCUAUUCAAUGGUGCAUGCCAAUUGAUACUUCCGCUUGUACGUUGUUUUCCCUGAACGAACAUUGCUCUAGCGUCAACAAUUCUGGGGUUUUCAAACCAGGACAGCUAGCUCAAGACUUGCGAGUACUCAACGACACACUUUGUCGAUUCAAAUCAGUUAUGGUAGAUCCGGCAGAGUUUGCCUGUAUGAAAGCUAUCGUCUUGUUUCGAUCUGAGGCUCGUGGUUUGAAGGAUCCAGUUCAAAUUGAAAAUCUUCAGGAUCAAGCUCAGGUCAUGUUGGCGCAACAUUCCCGAACCCAAUUCCCCGGUCAGAUUGCCCGCUUCGGCAGGCUCCUGCUGAUGCUGCCACUGCUCCGGAGCAUCAAUUCGCACAAAAUCGAAUCGAUCUACUUUCAAAAAACUAUCGGCAACACUCCCAUGGAGAAGGUCCUAUGUGAUAUGUACAAAAAUUAGCGACCAAACCUCGCACUGUUACUGGCACAAAUCUGUGAAUAUAGAAUUAGUUUAGCCUAAAAUGCACCGCACUCAGCCUCCCAAACAUUUGCGCACACCACACACACGUACUGAAUGUGUACGCUGCUAAAAAUGCACAUUAACCCACUCAUCGCUGGCUGCCGGACUGGCGAGCGUCGAGUGAAUCCGAGGGACAGAUUCAAUUAUGCAGGCUUACCGAGGGACGAUUGUCAAUUUUCAUAAAGUUUGCUGCGUGCGUGCGGUGAAACAACGAAAGAGGAAAAACAUUGCAUGCAUCCAAAUUGGACGGUUUUUGCGUAAUUAUUAAAGUUUUGUUAGUUUUAUUUUUUUAUUUCCUGAUUGGAACAAAACCGCACCAGCCAUCACUUCUAUUACUGUCCACUGGUAUAGAUAGUUGAAUGUUUAUUUAAUUUAGAGAAAUAAUCUCGUCGAAAAAUCAAAAUAUAUGCACAAAAUACGCUGCACUCUA